AUGAUAAAAAUAAAUAUGCUUGAUGCCUUAUCUCAAAGAAAAGAAAGUUGCCAGACUCUCCCUAGCCCCAUAGGUUUGCUUUUAUCAGAUUUUUCCACCCCGAAUUCUUCUAUAUGUCUGAGUUGUAAUAUGAUUUUUCAAAAAAAAGAAGACUUAUUUACCCACACAAAUUUAUUUAGAAGCCAUGAAGAGGAAACAAUUUUCAAACCAGAAAUUCAAAUUAAACCAGAAAAAGAAGACAUAGAAAUUCCGCACAAGUUAAAGUGCAAGUUUUGUGGCUUAUUACUGACAAAUAAUAAAGGAUUAAAGCAACAUAUAGGGAAAAUGCAUGUCACUAAAAAUAAAAAUGCAAGAUGCUCUCAAUGUGCAAAGAGAUUCAAAACAAAAUACGCAGUGAGAUUUCACUUCAAUCAAGUUCAUGCAAGAUCAACUAGGGUUGCAUGUGAGAACUGUGGAAAAGAAAUGUAUAAUAAAUAUGUGCUUAGUGAACAUAUGAAAAACUGUAUUGGCGAAUAG